AACACCCUUCACGAGAAGUUAAACAGCUGAAUUUCAAUUUAGUGUGGUUGUCUACAUAAUAAAAUAUCUAAUAUUUUAGUGAAAUAUAUAUAUGAUAAAUAUAAAGUAAAUUUAAUUAUGCUAAACUCAGUGUUAUAUAGUUUUAGUCGUUUACGUAUUAAUCCGGUUGUGGUUACACAAGUUCGCGAGAAGGGUCAUCUAAAUCGGCCCCGUCUGCGAAAUCCUUAUUGGUUUGCAAAAAAAACAAGAACUAUACAUGAAGAUUAUGUGACAGCAGAAAAUAAAUCAUUUAUAAAAGAAGUAGUGCACGACACUUAUGGACCACCAGCACUUAUAAAAGGCGUAUCAUCUUAUAAUCAAAAUGAAAAUAAACUUCUUAAAGUUAUAGAAUUUGAAAAACAAGAGUGGGAUCCAAAGGUUAGACGUUGUGGGGUUAUAGCGCGUAAAAUAGGUCAAUAUCCAAUGUGGCUUAAAAAUGGUGAAAAAAUAAGAACGACACUGCUUCAAGUUGUUGAUAAUCAUGUUAUCAAAUAUAUACCACCAGAAGAAUAUACACCAGCACAUAAACCAAAUGUUAAGCAAAUAAACAAAUAUGGGUGUUUGCUUGUUGGAGCUGAAAGUACCGAUCCAUCUACUCUAACUAAAGAGUACUGUGGUUUAUUUAAAGCGUCUGGUGUUAUGCCAACAAAAAAUCUUGCAAGGUUUAUUGUAUCACCAAAAGCAGCUAUACCGCCUGGUACACCCUUAAAUGUAGAUCAUUUUCGUGUCGGAGAUGUAGUUGAUGUUCGCGGAAAAACAAUUUAUCGGAAUUUUCAAGGUGUGGUGAAAAGGCAUGGUUUUAAAGGUAUGCCUGCAUCUCAUGGUGUUACAAAAACUCAUCGUCGUCCUGGUAAUAUUGGCGGUGGAGGUGAAAAAGGUCGCGUGUGGCCAGGCACUAAAUUACCUGGACACAUGGGUAAUCGGUGGCGUAAAGCAAAAGGUCUGCGCAUAUGGCGUAUAAAUACCAAAUACAAUGUAAUGUGGGUACAAGGCUUUGGAAUACCUGGCGACGUAAAUAGUUUGGUGUACAUAUAUGAUACAAUAUUACCGUUAAGAAAACCAAAUACCGCACCACCAUUUCCAACUGCACUAAGAGAAGCUGGAAGCGAUGAAACCAACGAAGGUGAUAUUUGGCAUGAAGAAGUUCAUGAUUUUAGAAAUGAAUCCAUAACAUUUAAGCCAGAAUAAAUAACUUAAAUAAAUUUCUUAAUAAAGCAGUAAGUUUAUAUUUUAA